UUUUUAUUUGGAGCGCCAACAUGGCGGCUGGUAGCGAAUCGCUCGAGUCCUGGCUGAACAAGGCCACCAAUCCCUCCAACAAGCAGGAAGACUGGGAGCAUAUUAUGGGAUUUUGUGAUCAAAUCAAUAAGGAACUUGAGGGACCACAACUAGCCACAAAACUCUUGGUAAACAAGAUACAUUCACCACAGGAAUGGGAAGCAGGACAAGCCCUGAUGGUUCUGGAGGCUUGCAUGAAGAACUGCGGCCAGAGAUUUCAGAAUGAAGUGGGGAAAUUCCGUUUUCUAAAUGAGCUCAUUAAAGUAAUCUCUCCAAAAUAUCUAGGAGACAAAGUGUCUGACACGGUUAAGUCAAAAGUGAUUGGAAUGAUUUACAGUUGGACAAUUUACCUACCUGAGGAAACCAAAAUCUGUGAGGCUUACCAGAUGUUGAAGAGCCAAGGGAUUGUGUUAGCUGAUCCAGAGAUCUCUCUGGAUGCGACAUUAGUCCCUACACUGCCGCCAGAGCGCCCCAAGAAUACUGUGUUCGAUGAUGAACACAAAGCCAAAAAGUUGGCAGAGCUGCUCAAGAGCAGAAAGCCAGCAGAUCUGCAAGAAGCAAAUCAGCUCAUAAAGAACAUGGUGAAAGAGGAUGAGGUGAAAACACAGAAAAUCUCAAUGCAGAAAAGCACACUAGAAGCGGUCAACAGCAGUGUCAAACUCCUUAACGAGAUGCUGACUUACUUCAGCCCAAAUGACUCCACUAAUAGUGACAAGGAUCUCAUUAGGGAGCUACAUGCAGACUGUGACAAGCUGAGACAAAAGGUUUGUCAGCUUGCUACAGAAACCGAUGAUAACGAUACCUACUUGGGAGACAUCCUCCAGGCUAAUGAUGAUCUCUACAGUGUCAUGAAUUCUUGCAAGAAAAUUUUGGACGGCCAGUCCAUCAAUGGCGUGACAACAUCAUUAUCAGGCACCAGCUGCACAGCUCAGUCAGAGAGUCUGAUUGAUUUUACAGAUGUGGACGUGCUAGGUUUUUCUAGUCAAGGGACGAAAGAUUCUGCAUCCUCCUCCCUAUUUUCUAAUGUUGAUCAUCUGUGUGAAUCCACUGUUGCUCUACCAUCUACUGACAGCUCCAGCGAAGUAUCUGCAACAUUUUCUUUGCUGGAUCAGGAGCUGCUGUCUUUAGAUACUCCUGGACCUUCUGAAAGCGAAUCAAUCCUACCUUUAAGCAUCAACAAUAACGUACAGCCACUACAGAAUCCCAGUCAGGAUGUGGAACUUUUGGACAGAAAUUCAACUGAAAAUCCCACAGCCUGGGAGCCGUCUUCUCUGGAUCAGUGUCAACAAGAUCUAGCCCUACUUGAUUUAGGCAGUCCUGAAAGCAUCCCUGCACCACAGUUUGACAACACACAAGCCAAAUGUGGCAGUUUGUGUUCUCCCGCCAACCUCUUGCACCAUGAAGAGGUUCCAGUUGCGCCUUCCUUCCCCACGGCCAAUUCCCAAGCCGACAACCCUCUGUUACACUCUCUGUGCCCCCUACUCACACACACCCAGCCCUCUUUAGGUGUGGUUGAGGAGCCGUCUCUUGCUGAUGUCUUUGUACCUUUGGAGAAUGUCAAACCAAGUAAAAUGUGUCCCGUCACAGCAUAUGACAGGAGGGGGGUUCGUGUGCUACUGCAUAUCGCUAAUGACUGUCCACCUGGCAGACCAGACGUGUUGGUGAUUGUGGCUUCCAUGCUGAAUACAUCCACUCUUCCUGUCAGCGAUAUUGUCCUACAGGUUGCAGUUCCCAAGACUAUGAAAGUGAAAUUGCAGCCACCCUCUGGGACAAAGCUAACUCCUUUUAACCCUAUCCUGCCACCUGCUGCCAUCACUCAGGUUUUGCUGCUUGCCAAUCCUCAUAAGGAAAAGGUUCGGAUGAGGUACAAGCUGAGGUUCACUCUCGAUGAGCAGCCCUACACAGAAGUGGGAGAAGUUAAAGAGUUUCCACCUGAUGACUAAUGGGGUGGCCUAUGACCUCCUCGUUUUGAUUUCUUGAAGAAAAAUAAUACAGGUAUAUCCGGGCAAGUCAUGAGAAAAAUGGCUGUAGGGUGGUUUUAGGCAACAACAUAAUCUGGCCAUCAUGACACACUACAGAAUAAUUGUUUCAGAAGUUCUUGCCAGAUAAUCUAAGCAUGCACACAUGGUGUCUGUGAACAUGGGAGCAGAAUGACACAUGCUCAGUAUGUUAGAGGAGAAGUUCAACAUUUCUGGAAAUUGCCUUAUAAUGCCUGUAGGUCUACUAACAUUAGGGAGUUUAUUAUUUUUACUCCUCAGUGCUCAUGUCCCGAUUUUCGGGAGAGUCAGUAAAUAGCCCGAUUAUCAUGUAGUGUAAGGUCACCGUUAUGGAACACCUUCACCUCUUUUCGUGAGAUAUGGGAAUAGAUGAAAAUGUGAAAAGUGCCCUGACAAUCAGCAAAAUGUUGGAACAUGGUCAAUUGAUAUGAUGGUUACACUCAUAUCAUUGGGAGUCUAGAGAUAGACUGACUACAUAGUAUUUACGGGUACAAUUUGUUUUAUAUAUUUUUGUCCAUUUUGGUUUCAUCACUGCCGGGUAUCAACAUUCGUGGAGCUAUUUAUUUGCAAUUUGCCUAUGCUUAUGCUCUUCAUGUAAACUCAACCAUGUCAGUCAUGUGUCAUUCAAAAUGGGCAAAGUCACGGUAUUUUAAUCGUUACGAAGGGCACAUGAAUAAGGAAUUUUGUUUCACUGGCUGUUUAUGGGCAACAACAAAAAAGGCAAACUUUGGGGUCAUGGUGGCAAUCUUUAUGCACCUUAGCAAAUUCAAGUUCUUUGAGGCAAUGGGAGAAGGUCAUGAGGUCUGAUGAGUCCAGAUUUAACCUGUUAAGAUAUACUGUAUUUUCCCUGUGGGGAACUUUUUCCUGAACUCAUGACACAUCAUGCCCAGUGCUUAUUGUACAAGCCUAUGAGGCAGUGUUAUUAUCUGGGGUUGCUGCAGUUGAUCAGGUCCAGGACCAGCAUGUUCAACAACAGUAUGUGUUCAAAUAAUGAGGUCAGCGGACUACCUCAACAUACUUAAUAACCAGUUCAUUCCAUCAAUGGAUAUUUUUUUUAAUCUUCCGUGACUGCACAGGCAUACUCCACGAUGACAAUGCCAUGAUUCAUCGAGUUCAGAUUGUGAAAGACUUGUUCAGGGAGCAUGAGACAUAAUUUUCACACAUGGAUUGGCCACCACCGAGUCCAGAUCUUUUCCCCAUUGAGAAUCAUUGGGAUGUGCUUUCAUUAUUUAUGAUCCCUGUGGAAAAAUUAUAUGCAUAUUAUAUUCCAUGCUACAUAUUUAAAAAAAAAAAAAAAAAAAAAAAAAAAGCAAUUAGUUAAUGGCGGAAAACACUCAGGUGGCUUGAAGUUCCGCUCUGAGAGCCCCAAUUUGGCCAUAUUUGUCCAAAAUGCAUGUGUGGGAGUUUGAACAGGAGGGCAUUUUUUGAAUAUGAAUUACCCCCUCGUUUUCAUGUCGUAGUCAUUGGGUGAAAGGAAUACCCAUCUUUAAAAGUCUAGAGGCCUUUGUUGGAUGAUGUCAAUGUUGUCCUCCAUGCCGUAUGUGUAAAAGGUCCCAUUCUUUGAAUAUCUCACAGAGAAGCAAUUAAAUGCAUGCACUUCAACUACCUGUAGACAAAAAGGGAUGAUUUACAUUUAGUAUACAAAAGGAAUAGCUCAUUGUUAAUUUAGAAUUGAAAAAUGUUUCAAACAAUGUGAAAAUUUUAAAAAAGGCUCACCACGUCAUAGUACUUCUUCUCCAGCCUGAAGAUUGUGCAGGUGAGCUUGACGCUGUCACCCUACUUGGAGAUUGCCGCGUUGGCAGCAUCACCUGCUUCCUCAGGCUCCUUCCGGACCGCUGUUGUCUGGCGGCUUAAGAGAUGAAAAAUUCAUUUCAAGUUAAGUUUGUCUACAUUGUAAACAAAAAUUGCUUUGAUAAAAGAUAAUUUAUUUGAAAAUACCUCGCCUUCAAUUUGAACACCUGAUAGGUGCCAACUGUCUCAGCCAUUGAUACAGUGGUCCGAUUCGCCCUAUCUGCAGGCAGUGCAGAAGCAUGACAACCUUCUGGCUGUGAGCACUGACUCCCUGAUUGCUUCAAACUUGCUCAACCCUGUGUAUCUUUGGCACAUUGAUGUACUUACACUUACUGUAAGAAGCAAGUAACUCCACAGAUUGAUCAUUUAAAAUUAUGAUAAAAUCAUUUGGAGGUGUAAUUAUAGAAAUGAUGCUUACGGUAUAGUAUCAUGCAUAUCAACUAGUAUGAAAAGAUGUAAUUUACCUCAGGGCCGCGCCAUGCGUCUCAGACAGAUAAUCAAACAUGCCCUCGGCAUUGGCGAAGUUUUUUUCCCAUGUACAAGGCUCUUCUGAGGACCUGGGAGAGGAAAGCAGUCUCUCCAUCACACUCCCUUUUGCUGUGCUCAGAGCCAAAGUAGCAACGCUGAGCCUUGUGGGGCAGCAUUGUCAUGUCAUAAAAUGUUGAUUUAUUCUGAUGAAAGGAAGCAAUCGACAUGAUGAAUAACGAUAUAAACAAAAAAUAAAAUGUAUAAUGAUAAUAAUGAAGAAAUAUAAAAUAAUAAAUAAUAGUAAAUAAUGAAUAUAAAUAAUAAUU